UUAUGAUUAUAUCCGGCCUGGAUUCGAGGCUAAUAAACACUCAAGCCACAUUCUAAAAAACAAUCCAAAUGGCUGCAGAAAACAAGCGCUUCUUUGUAACAAGAGAGUCUCAGGAAGCCUCGGGUAAAUCCUCUCGCAAGGAAAGCUAUGCUGGGCUCCGGGACCUCACUGACCUAGAGAAGAUCAAAGAGCUGGACAUAGUCGGUCCUGAUGGUACUCUCAGAGGAAUCAAGAACAGAGUGCGUGCAGGCUUGGCUACUUACGAGAACCAGGUUGCUCUAGUAAAGAGAAAUACUGAGGAGGGCAAGAUAGUAGUCUACACCACCAGUUUCCGAGGAGUACGGCACACAUACGAAGAGUGUCGCUACAUUCUCACAGUGUUCCACAACCUGCGAGUGAGUGUCCAAGAGAGGGACAUCUAUGUGCACCAGUUAUUUCAUCGAGAGCUGGAGGAGAGGUUAGGUAUAGAGCACGAUGCCCAACUCCCGGUGCCUCAAGUAUACAUCAAUGGACAACAUUUAGGGGGUAAAUUUGAUCUUGAGAUACUCAAUGAGACUGGAGAGCUGAGACAACUAAUUGCCAAUAUUCCGCGUCAAGAGACGUCAGCAAAGUGCCAGACGUGUGCAGGAUAUCAGUUUAUUCCUUGUCGAAAGUGUGGGGGCAGCAAGAACAGUGUUGCCAAUAACUUUACCUCAGAGUUUCGGGCCCUCAGAUGUACACACUGCAGUGAGAAUGGGAUGGAACCUUGUCCAGCAUGUGCCACUAAACAAGCACUUACUCUCGAAGAAAAGGAAGCCGUUGAAGCUGAGAAAAAAGAAAAAGAGCUCCAGGAACAACUUGAGAAAGAAAAGCAAGAGAAAGAAAAAAGAGAGAAAAUUAAAUGGGAGGCAUUAGAGGCUGAGAAGGAGCUUCAGUUAGAGAGAGAGCGAGUACAACAAGAGAAAGAAAAGAAGAAAAAAAGAGCUAAAUUAGAAAAAGAACGAAAAAAGAGAGCGGCUGAAAUCAGACAGAGGGUUGUAGCAGACAUAGCCAGAGAAGCUGAACGUGAGAAGCAGUGGCAAGCAGAACAUGAGGCAGAUACAAAGGAACAGGAUCUGACUAAUGAAAGUCCCUCUCAAGCCUCUGACCCUCAAGAAUGUUCAGAAGAUGCAGACGACAAAAUAGAAGAUGAAGAUCAUACAUCAGCAGCAGCAAUAGAAGAGCAAGAGUCUGAAACUGCUACAACAGAGAAUACAGAGCAGCCUGGGGAAGAGGUGGAGUCAACAGCAGACAAGAUAAUAGAAGAGAAUGAUUCAAGUCAUGAUCUGCCCACAGCAGAAGUAGCCGAGAAUGAAACAGAAACGCUUUUUUGAUUAAUUUUGACAAACUUUUAUUUAUUAUUUUUAUAGAAUGUCAUUAUUUUGAUCUUUCAAUUCGUUCAGGUUUAGAAUUAUUAUAUGAAAAUUGAAAAAUGGAGAA